UGCGUUUUUGUUUUUUUCGUCGUUGCCGGCGCACUCUUUAAACGGGGACGGUCCUGUCGAAUGUUCGAGACUCGCUGACCAGGCCCCGGAUGAACGAAAGCGCCAAGAGGCAGGCGUGCUCGCAUUGGCGUUCUACGUUUGGAUCCGACGAACGUGAUUCUACGUUUAUAAUUAAUUUAUUUAGGACUAAUCUUCGCAUAGGAAAGCAGUAACACCUCUAGACUAGACAGGUGUUGGAAGUCUGAAUCUAAACGUGCCAUGGAUGUAUGCUGGAAGAACUACAUCCGAGCAGAGCUGAAAAGACGAGAUCACCACAGAGGUGGUUAUGACAGUCUCCUUCAAGCCCAUAGCAAACUGCUAGAAAGGCUUGAUGUACAGAGUACUCUUCUGGAAGAACUGAGAGCACUACACAGUACAGAGAACCAUGAUGAACACACACUGGAGAUUUGGGCAAAGCACUUAGGAGAACCAAUUCAAUUACAUUUGGAGUUGAGAGAGAACAAACUACAGUGCAAAAAGCUCGCCCAGCUCACUGAAGAUCUUAAUAGUAGUCUGAAGUUGAAGGCUGAGGAGAUGCAGCAUUGUCAUUCUCAGCUGUCCCAUUAUAGAGGGGAAGUGACAUCUUUGACCUUUCAGGUAUCUGGUCUCAAAAGGAGUCUGCUUGAAUGCGAGCUGAAUUUGAAGCAGCUAUGUGAACAAUAUGCACGUCUCCAGGAGGACCAUGGCAGGCAGGGGACAGCAUUGCAGCAGGCAGAGAAAGCUAAUGCUGAGUUGCUGACUCGUUAUGUGGAAGAGAAGAAAGUAGAAGCAGAGAGGCAGAACAUGCAAAACGAGGCUCAUGAAAGAUGGUGCAUGUUUGCACUAAAGCUGGAGAAAAGACUGAGAGGAAGAGCAAAGGAAACAAAAUAUGAGACCUGUCCCAAAAGUGAUCUGCAUCCUCUGCCCUGAACAUUUCCACAGCAAAUUGAAUAGGAGUAC